AUGGGAAACUGUAACAGCUCCUCAGUGGAAGAACUACAAGCGUGUGAGAGUCAUCAGUGGUACAGAAAAUUCAUGACAGAGUGCCCCUCCGGACUUCUCACCUUCUACGAGUUCAAGAAGUUUUUUGGCCUGAGGAAUCUGUCGGAUACAUCAAACGCCUACAUUGAGACCAUGUUCACGACGUUCGACAUGAAUGACGAUGGAUACAUCGACUUCAUGGAGUAUGUGGCCGCUCUGAGUCUGGUGCUGAAGGGAGGAGUGCAGAAGAAGCUCCGCUGGUAUUUCAAACUGUAUGAUAUCGAUGGGAGUGGCUGCAUCGACCGUGAGGAGCUGCUGCAGAUCAUUAAGUCCAUUCGAGCGAUCAAUGGAGUCCCUCAUGAGAUGUCCGCAGAGGACUUUGCCAACAUGGUGUUUGACAAGAUUGACAUCAAUGGAGACGGUGAACUGUCCUAUGACGAGUUCAUGGAGGGAGUACUGAAUGAUGAAAUGCUCCUGAAGACCCUGACGGAGAGUCUGGACCUGACACACAUAGUCCACAGGAUUCAAGGAGAGAUGAGGGCCAACAUUUAAGAUUUCCAACCGUUUACAGACUUUUACCUGACUGUGCCACAGCAGAAUGAGGGAAAAUGUGGGUUCAGGAAAAUCCAUAAAUAAUCAACGCACGACACCAGCUGAACUGUUCUGCUGUUUCAUCAAACAGUCAUGGACCAGAACAAGACAUUCCAUCAACCCAGAUAUCAAAUUACCUCUUCAAUGCCUCAACGCAAACUUUAAAAUGCAAAGCAUAUGACCUAAUACGCCAUGUAAUUAAAAACUAUCAUUAAUGUGACAAUGAUUCACAUUAGUAGAUAUUCACAGCCAAACACCAACACAGGUGCAUGAAGUUAAAACAUAUUCUGUGCAUCUUCUGUCAAACCCCAGCUGAAAUGAUUUCUGUCCAACGUCCAUUAAGUGCUUUAUAUCCAUGAACUUGUUGCAUGUUGUUUGAUGGUAAAUACAUGAUGAACUAUCUGUAGCAUUCUGAGACGCUUACUCACUUGAUUGUAAUGUUUUAUAGAAAGUAGACUGACCGGAUAU